AUGGCUCGGUUGGCCGCGUUACGGCUCGGCGCGGGUGGCCUGGUAAUGCGUGUCGUCAAAGAAGUAAAACUCGACCACGGUCUCUCACUCCACAAGUACGAAGCGGCCACGACGAUCUCGACCACGGCACAAGUGCGAAGCGAACACGGCAAGCGACCACGGCACAAGUGCGAAGCGACCACGGCAAGCGACCACACAAGUGCGAAGCGAACCCCCGACUAUAGAGAGGCUGCCGACGAGUCGGCGUCGGACGUCGGCUCGUACCGAGUCCAACGCGCUAGGCGGAGGCGCUGAAGGUUGGCGAAUGAAGUAAGUAUUCUGCAUCAUCUUCUUUGGCUUUCAACCGAGUCUAACACUCGAUCACGGUCUCUCACCCACAAGUGCGAAGCGGCCACGGGCAAUCUC